GGGCGACAGCCGUCUGCUUUUUCAGUGCGUUCGCCUCCUCGCACCUCGUGCUGGCGCCCGCUCCAUCAGGCUGCGUGAUGAUCAAGGUAGCCUCAUGCACCCGCGAGCGGAGUGCCGCAUGCUGUCUCAGUACGCUGCCGAGCUCUUCAAGGCGCGGAGGGCACAAGACAUCUGUAGGCCGAGCCUUUUGCCCCUUCCCCCUGACCUCUUUACGCCUAAUGCCUGGAAGUGUGCGCUUCGAUCUCUACGCAGUGGAAAAGCAGUCCCUGCGGGCCAACCAUCAAUCGACACAUGGAAGCAGGACCUGGAUGCAGCUGCUCUGGAGCUGAGCCGUAUCUCGAAGGAGGCCCUGUGUGCGGAGGGCCCUUACCUCCCGCUUGAGUGGACAGAGAUGCAGUUCGCAUGGCUGCCGAAGGCUGGCAAGACCCCAAGCUCUCCUGCUAAUCUUAGGAGCAUCGGUCUCAUGGCAGCGGACACCAAGGGUCUCUUGGUCAUCCUUCGUGAGGCCGCCAAGCCCGCUGUCUUGCGGUACAUGUUCGACUCUCCGCAGUACGCCUACAGGAUCUUGGGUUUCGGGAAUGUGGCUUUCGUGGGGGGCAUGAUGUUGAGCAUUGACCUUCGAAAGGCCUUCGAUAGCGUAUCCCAUGCUGAGCUGUACGGCGCUCUCUUGGAUGCAGCUGUUCCUCAGGAGGUAGCGUCGGUGCUGAUACAGAUCCAUGUCCAGACCCAGUGUGUUGUCAUGCACGGGGGUGCCAGUGAAUCUAAUGGGAUGAGUCGUGGACUCCGUCAAGGGUGUCCUGUUUCUCCUAUCCUCUUCGCGGCAUGGUCGGUGAGGACAUUGGAGCUUUUUCGUGCAGCCCUUCGUGAAGGCUCGGACCGGGACUGCUACACAAUGUUCGCUGAUGACUUGCAUGGGUGCUGGGAGUUCCACUCAGUUGCAGACUUCCAUUCCGCUCUUCGGGAUGUUCGGCACGUCAUUCAAGUCCUGGAAGGUUUGGGUAUGGAGCUCAACCUGCAGAAAAGCUUGGUUGUCCUUAGGCUUAGGGGUUCUGCGGUGGCUAGUGCAACCAGGCACGCGCUUGUGUGGCACAAUGAUGUGCAAUACCUGCGCCUACAGUCUGAGCCUAAAGAUCUGUACAUUCCGGUAGCAACAUCUAUGCCGUAUCUUGGUGCCACGCUGUCGCACGAGAACUUUGAGCUACAGACCCUCAGGACUAGGACGCAGUGUGCACAGACGCGAUUUCAAGAGCUGCGCAAGGUGCUUCGCUCCAACGGUGCGCUGUCUUCGAGACAUCGCCUUCGGCUCUACAAGGCUACAGUCUGGCCUUCGCUGUGGUAUGCUCUUGGUUCCACCGGGGUCACCGGGGAGGUCCUCCGUGGAGUGAUCUCAGUUGUUGCAGGACAUCUUCGCAAUGUUCUUCGGGUCUACCAGGAGGGUGUCACGAACCAGGCAGUGCUCUUGCGUGCAGACAUGUGCCCUCGAUCGUUCUUCAUUGACCAAACACGGCACAAGGUUCAGGCCAUUCUUUGUGAUCCUCUUCGCAGUGCUGCGCUCAAAGCCAGGGAAAUGAAUCGGGCGGUGACGCUGAGCGUGGCUAUGGCCUCUACCCCCGAGGCUACUUCUACUUCGAGCUCCUUGGUGCGUGUUGCUCCUGGCGAUGCGGUGAGCCUACCUUGUGAUGUCUGUGGCAUGUACUUUGGCUCGCGCGAAGGGCUCCAGAUGCAUAUUUCACAGCAACAUCCUGAAAUCAAUCUGUCCGCCCGCCUGCCCUUCAACAAG